AAAUGAUUCGCUCUCUACAGCACCACCUACCUGACCUGAAAUGCAACAUGAACUUUGAUUACACUAUUUCUGUUUCAGAGUUCAGGGGGAGUGACCUGGAUUUGAUCACUAUUUACUGUCCGUGAACAAGCUCUCAGCUCAGUUUGGGAAAAUGGCGGUUUUCCACCUCCUUUUGGGUUUGCUUGGCAAAGCCCUCAUCCUGUUGUGCUGUCUGCUCUUCGUCGCCUUUCUGGGUUACUGCCUGUACCUCAGACACAUUCACAUGAAAUAUGAUCACAUACCAGGGCCGCCGAGGAACAGCUUCUUCCUUGGCCACUCGCCAACCCUCUUGAGGAUUAUGAAAAAAGAUGGACUAGUUCAUGACAAGUUCCUGGAAUGGUCUGAAACUUACGGACAUGUUUACAGGUUAAAUUUUCUGCAUUACGUUACUGUGUGCGUGACCUGUCCAGAAGCAACAAAGGAAAUCCUGAUGUCCCCAAAGUACCCCAAGGACAAAUUUGUCUACAAAAGGCUCUUUUAUCUGUUUGGUCAAAGGCUUUUUGGCAAUGGCCUUAUAACAGCUCGGGAUCAUGACAUGUGGUACAAACAGCGCCGGAUCAUGGACCCUGCCUUCAGCAGCUUGUACUUGAGAGGCCUAAUGGGAACCUUCAAUGAGAGAGCAGAGAAACUGAUGAAUAAGCUCUCAGAGUUAGCCGAUAGCAACAAAGAGGCCAACAUGCUGCAACUUGUCAACUGCGUCACGCUCGAUGUCAUCGCUAAGGUCGCUUUUGGGAUGGAAUUAGACCUCCUGAAGAAUACUUCACCUUUCCCCAAGGCCAUCGAGACUUGCCUAAAAGGGAUGGUGCACUACGUUAGAGACGUCAUGUUUGAGUACAACCCCAGGAACAGAACGUUUGUUAACGAAGUGAGGGAUGCCUGUCGCCUGCUGCGCACAACCGGAGCUCAGCUGAUCCAAAAGAGAAAGAUCGCCAUGCAAAACGGGGAGGAAGUUCCGAAGGACAUCCUCACGCAAAUCAUCAAGACUGCAGCCACAGAGGAAACCAUGACAGAAGAAGAUGAGGAGUUCAUGUUGGACAAUUUUGUGACAUUUUUCAUUGCUGGUCAAGAAACAACAGCCAAUCAACUUGCGUUUUGCAUCAUGGAACUUGGAAGACAUCCUGACAUCCUGGAGAAAGCAAAGAAAGAAGUGGAUGAUGUCAUUGGGAUGAAACAAGAAAUAAGCAAUGAUGACCUCGGGAAGCUGAUCUAUCUCUCACAGGUGCUGAAAGAGACUCUGAGGAUCUACCCGACUGCACCAGGAACGUCCCGUGACAUAGAGGAAGACAUGACUAUCGAUGGCGUCCACAUACCUGCCGGAGUCAACUGCAUGUUUAGCACCUAUACCACUGGGAGAAUGGAAAAGUUCUUCAAGGACCCUAUGAAAUUUGAUCCAGACAGAUUUCAUCCAGAUGCUCCAAAGCCCUAUUACUGUUACUAUCCCUUUGCUCUGGGUCCACGGUCCUGCCUGGGUCUGAACUUUGCUCAGAUGGAGGCUAAAGUGGUGAUGGCAAAGCUGCUCCAGAGGUUCGAUUUCAACCUGAUCCCAGGACAGACUUUUGACGUCCAGGACACUGGAACCCUGAGGCCAAAGAGCGGAGUGAUCUGCACCGUCAAACACAGGAAAUAUAAAAACUGAGCGAUGCUAAUGGUUUACAAUAGAAAUCACAGCAGUCCAUGGGAUAAAAGAUGUUCAUAAUGAACAACAAAUUUCUUUGCAUAUUUAAAUUUGUUUGUGCAUGCAUUAAUCUUUCAGCUUGGUUAUUUUUUGCCGAUUUAAAUAUCUAGAAAAGUUUAUUUUGGGUAGAAUGUGCUGGUUAUCAGUUCACUGUAAUUUGACUUCCUGACAACGCACACAUGGGGGCGCUGUUAGCUUUUU